AUGCAUCUCUACGUGCGGACCGUGACCGGAAACGGCUCCGUUGAGCUUAGCGCCUUUGAGAGCGUUGCUGAACUGCGACGAAUUAUUGCCGAGACUUUUUCAUGUGUUUCUGAAGAUUGCAGACUCUAUCUUGGAGAAUGGAUGUCCAUGAAAGACAAGCAGCUGGCCCAUGACCACAACGUCGACAAGAUGGUCUGCCGCAAAUGCUACGCCCGUCUGCCCCCGAGGGCCACGAAAUGCCGCAAGAAGAACUGUCAUUCGACCGAUCUGCGGAAAAAGAGCAACAACCCCAACAAG